GUCUUGGUCUACGUCAUGGCGUCAUCAUACGUACUAGUGUCGAAAACUUACGCAGGACGUGCAGCGGUUCAAAGAGGAAGGAAGAUGGCGGAUAACAAAGGCGAGGAGGAUAUGGAACCGUCUACUAAUUCGGACUCAGUGCCUUCAGCGCAAGAGAAUGAGCAGCCAGAGACGAAAGUCGACAAUGCGGUAAUAGUCAUAGAAGCGAAUACAAAGGGCGGCGAAGAAACAAUGCCCCCUGAUAACGCUAACGAGGCACCUACACCCACCAGCGACGGUGGAGACGUUAGCAGUGGCGGGGCUGCAGGAACGGGAGGGGAAGCCAACGGUAGCGCUAGCAACGCCGUCAGCCCGGCUACGACCAGCAGCACCACUGCAGAGCCAACGGCCGCCGAAACCCUGACCGCUGGGGAUGCUCCUGCUGGCGGACUCAGCACUGAAAUGUCUCCCCCUCCUACCGCUCCAGCGGCCACGCCGGUAUCCGCUCCCAUUAAUUAUUUGGAUACGUGCGCAGUGUGUAAACAAAGUCUUCAGAGCCGAGACUGUGAACCCAAACUUCUCCCUUGUCUGCACUCUUUUUGCCUAAAAUGUAUUCCGCAACCAGAUAGACAGAUAAGCGUACAGAUGCCUGGACCACACGGGCAAACUGACACACACAUAGUCAAUGUUAUGCGCUGUUCAGUGUGCCACCAGGACUACAAACAGAGUGAUAUUAUUGACAACUACUUUGUCAAAGAUACCACAGAGGCCACCAGUACAUCUGAUGAAAAGGCUGCACAGGUGUGCACAAGCUGUGAGGACAACGCAGGAACCAUAGGCUUUUGCGUGGAGUGCGGAGAAUGGCUGUGUAAGACUUGCGUGGAGGCCCACCAGAGGGUCAAAAUUACGAAGGACCAUAAGAUCCGCACCAAGGAGGAUGCUGACGCUGCCUCUGAGUCUGUUGGUACGUCAGGACAGAGGCCUGUUUUCUGUCCCAUCCACAAGCAGGAGCCACUGAAGCUUUUCUGUGAGACCUGCGACACUUUGACCUGUAGGGACUGCCAGCUGCUGGAGCACAAGGAGCACAGGUACCAAUUCCUGGAGGAAGCUUUCCAGAACCAGAAAGGCAUCAUUGAGAGCAGCAUGGCCAAACUACAGGAAAAGAAGAACUACGUCCAUUACUCAGUCUCUCAGGUCCAAAGCAGGUUAAAAGAGCUGAAUGAGACGCAUCGGAAGGUGGAGCAUGAGAUCAAAAUUGCAGUAUUUACUCUUAUUAAUGAGAUCAACAAGAAGGGCAAGUCUUUGCUGCAGCAGUUGGAGAGUGUGGCCAAAGAGCGCAGUAUGAGGCUUGUGUCUCAGCAUAAGGAUACCACCCAGCUGGCCCAGCAGAUCCACCAUGUGCUCAACUUCUGCCACUGGGCCAUCACUACUGGCAGCAGCACAGCACUGCUCUACAGCAAGAGGCUGAUCCUGUUCCAGCUCCGCCAGCUCUUCAAGGCUAGAUUGGAGCCAGCGCCCCAGGCCAACGGAGUUGUGCGUUUCUUCUGUGACCCCACCUUCUGGGCCAAAAAUGUGGUGAAUCUAGGUAAUUUGGUAAUUGAGAAGCCACCUCCACCUGCACAGCCGCCCGGUGUGAUGGUAGGAGGACCACCCAUUUCUCCAGGCCAAACUCACCACGGGAAACACCCAGGACAGAUCAACCUGGCUCAGCUCCGGCUGCAGCACAUGCAGCAGGCAGCCUACGCACAACAAAAGCAGCAGCAGCAACAACAGCAGCAGCACCAGCAGCAGAUCCAGCAACAGAUGCGCAUCGCCUCCCAGAUGUCCCAGCAGCACGCCAGACAGGCCGGCCCACCCAUGGCUCAGCAGCAGCCUCCAAGGCUCAUCAGUAUGCAGCAGCUACCGAGAGGGCCUGGGGGUAUGAAUGGUGGGCCAGGUCCCCCGAUGUACCCUUCCUCCCACCAUAUGCGUCUUGCGGGUCCGCCGCAGGCCCGAAUGCCCACGGCUCAGCCGAGACAUAACGGACAGCAGUAUCCCGCCAUGAUGCAGCCUCAGCUACAGAGACAGAUGUCUAUUGAAUCUGAGAUGAGCCACCAAAGGUUUCGUUUCUUACUACAAUCAGGGCAUUCCAACCCAGGGCAUGCAGGCCCUUUCCCGGUGGCAUCCCUCCAUAAUGCAAACCCCACAAGUCCCACCAGUGCCAGUAUGGCCGGGGCCCACGCUCAUCGCGGCCCUGCCAGCCCCAUCAUAGGCCCCAUCGAGCUCAUCCCCUCUGUCACCAAUCCUGAGAACCUGCCCUGCCUACCUGAGAUCCCGCCCAUUCAGCUGGAGGAUGCAGGUUCCAGCAACCUUGGACACCUCCUGUCCCGCUACAUCUCAGCUAGCACGCAGCAUCACCUCGGGUCAGUGGACAUCAAUGCCUCACCUGGACUGUCCACACACUCUCCUGGAUCUUCAGGUCUGUCGAAUGCCCAUACGCCAGCACGACCUUCUAGCACGUCCAGCACAGGCAGCAGAGGCAGCUGUAGCUCUGCAGGGAGGGCGGGACCAGGAAGUAGUACUGCGGUGGAGCAGGUGAGGGUGAAGCAGGAACCUGGUACAGAUGACAGCUAUAGCUGUCCAGCUUCUUCUCUGAAGACUGAGCGGGGCGCAGAUGCUGGAAGGAGUGCCUGCAUGAUGAGCAGUCCAGAGAACAGCCCCCUUCCUGUGAUGGGAGUCGUAUCUGCUGGCCAAGAUGCUCUCAAGGCUUUAGGGGAGCGCAUCAAAACAGAACCCCAAUCUGAGACGCCUUGUUCUGGACUAAAUGGCUCCAGUGCAGCCACUUCCUCUUCCACUACGACCUCCACUACCUCGUUAUCAUCUGCCAACAGCAGCACGGCAGGCGCUCCGCUCACUAAUGGAAACUUAGGCAAGGGGGCAGAGACCAAAGAGGGCAGGGCUUCAGAUGGAACAGGCAAUUCUCUUGGGAAAGAAGACGACCCUAAUGAAGACUGGUGUGCUGUUUGUAUCAACGGUGGGGACCUGCUGUGCUGUGACCACUGCCCCAAAGUGUUCCACAUGAAAUGCCAUGUACCCACCAUAAGAAUCUUCCCAACGGGGGACUUUCUCUGCACGUUUUGCCGGAGUCUAACCACCCCAGAAAUAGAGUACUGUGACGACAGCAAGAAAUUCAAAGGAGUGCAGGGCCUGAGUCCUGAGGACCAAAGGAAAUGUGAACGCCUCCUGCUGCACAUUUUCUGUCAUGAGCUCAGCGUGGGCUUCAGGGAACCUGUUCCUAGCUCUGUGCCGAACUACUACAAGAUCAUCAAGCAGCCGAUGGAUCUGAAGAAGGUGAAGAAGAGGCUGCAGUUACGAAGCUCCCAGUACUACCAGUCUGUCCAGGAGUUUGUGUCUGAUAUGCGCCUGGUCUUCAAAAACUGUGCAGAGUACAAUGAGAUGUCUCGAAUAAUCCAGGUUUAUGAUGAGGACAAACAGAUUAAUACGCAGGUGGGAUCAGAGAUGGAGAUAUCUGGCAAGGCAGUGAGCCUGUACUUUGAGGAGAAGUUGCAGGAGAUUUUCCCAGGGCAGAGCUUCCCUGAUACACCUGAAACCGAGAGCAUGGACGCAAAGUUAAAGGAGGACGAAGACACAGAUGACUCUGGGGAGGACUUCAUACAGCCCAGACGCAAACGGUUAAAAACGGAUGACAAAGUGGUCCACAUCAAGUGAGAACCAACCGCAAAAGAAAUGAGAGAAGUGGAAAACUGUCUUCCUCACUUCCCACACUUCUCCUUUGUUUGAGGCAGCAAACAAAAAGGACGAGAUUCGCUGUAUAAACUGCUUGGUUUAUCUCAUCCUUGCCUUUGAAAGAAUUACUGUCAAGUACAUUAGACGUCUGCCUUUAUCAGAACUCUUGACAACAGAAACAUAGAAGAGCUGCAUUUCCUCCUUAUUUCAUGGACACUCAAAAACUCGCCUGUACAGAUUUUGAAGUAGGACUUGUUUUGCAGUAGUUAAGUUAAAGAUCGUCUUUUCUUUUCUAUCAUCCAUUUUCAUUUGUAGAUUUGUUGUGACGGUUGCUUUAUAAAACAUUUGAAUCCCAUGUCCUCAGUUCUUAAUGUAUUAUAUCUAUACUUUGACAUGAAACCUACCAAGUAUUUGUAUGACUUUGUGGAAGCGUUGUGUAAAUAAGAGAAUCUAGCCCACUGAAGGUAUUCCUACAGUAUAGAUGUUUGGGUGCGUCAUCAAUAAAACCUGUUCUUGAAAUAUAUUAAAGAAAAUGUGUGGUGUGGAGUAGGUUUAUGGUUGCCGGAGAGCUCUUAAAGGAGCUGUUUGACCAAAUUAGAUAAGCAACAAUAAAACAUCCCCACAUACCCCUGUGCUGUGGUGUCUGGCCAUGGAGAUAUUUUUUAUUUAAUGUUUCCAGGUUUCAAGAUGCCUGUUUUCAAAAUGUCUGCCUUCACCGCAAUGCAAAUGGAGGUGGAUGGUAUUUCAGUCGUCAUGCUUGAAAAUUUUCAGCUACAUCUGUCUGCGAACAUAGUGCCCCCUUUAUUUUGAAUAGUCGACAGACCUCACUGUCAGCAGCCCAGGAGAGAAAUUGGAGAUAUUACUGGCAAGGCAAGUUACUUUGUAUGGCACAUUCAUGCACAAAUGCAAUUUGGAACAAUUUACAGAGUGCGUUACAAACAACAACAUCCUGGAAGAUCUCCCAGAUCUGGAUCAGGGCAACAGUGAGCUCCUGGUCAGUCUGUGGCAGUACUUAGCAGUGUCGGAUGUAUCGAUACAUAACAUCCCAAAGGUGCUCAGUUGGACCUUGGUCAGGGGAAUGAGAGGGCCAAUCAAUGGCAUCAAUGCCAUCAUCAUCCAGAAACUGCCUACUGACUCUGGCCACAUGAGGCCAGGCACUGUCCUGCACCAGGACGAUCCCAGGGCCCACUGCACCAGCGCAACGUGUGACAAACAAUCUUCGGAUUUGGUACCCUGACAGCAGACAGGGUAUUAUUGGCUAUGACAUGAAGGUCUGUGUGACCCUCCAAGGAUAUGCCUCCCCAGACCAUCACUAACCCACCGCCAAACCAGUCAUGCUGGAUGAUGUUACAGGCAGCGUAACAUUCACCACGGCGUCUCCAGACUCUUUCAUGCCUGUUGCAUAUGCUCAGUGUGAACCUGCUCUCAUCUGUGAAGAGAACGGGGCACCAUUGGUGGACCUGCAAAUUCUGGUGUUCUCUGGUGAAUGCCAGUCGAGCUGCAUGGUGCUGGGCUAUGAGCACAGGUCCCACCAGGAGACGUCAAGCCCUCAUGCCACCCUCAUGGAGUCUGUUUCUGACAGUUUUGCCAGAAACAUGCACACCAGUAGCCUGCUGGAGGUCAUUUUGUAGGGCUCUGGAUUCUUGGAUUAUUAUUUGAUCAGAUUAUUUGAUCAGCGAGGGCCAAUAGUUCAGGCUGAUGAGAUGCAGAUAUCUGAGCCUAGACUUCAUGUUCUGGAUGACGGUCAUUUCGGCUGAUUUCUAUAAACACAUAUCUACAUAUGAAUGCAGAUAUAUUUUAAAUAAAAAGCAAAUUUAAAACUAACGCAUCUCAUUUGAUAAGUAGUGGAUUCCGCUUCUCCACACGGCUGUUUGCCGUCAUUCAAACGUGAUUGGUCAACACUACUUGGACUACAAACAGAAACCAGAACACAUGAUGACAUUGUGACAAAAUCAUACAUUUGCAGAGCAGCAUUU